GUGGCGCUCUGCUGCUCAACACUUUUCUUCUCCCGCGCGGCUUCCACUCACUUUGGCCGCGGGCAGCAACUGGCGCGCUCCGCCUGGAAACUCGAGUGGCGCAGCUCGGGGAGCCGGGAAGCCGAGGCGCGUGGUGGCGCCCCCUGCGAGGGCCAUGGGCGCGCGGACCUGGCGUGCUGGCUGCCGCUGGCUCUUCCUCGCGGCCGUGCUGGGCUCCGCCCGCGGCGAGGGCGCGCAGACCUGCGAGGAAGUUCACAAACUUUUCCAGGGGCGGCUCGCGGGAGCGGUCCGGGGGCUGCCGGAGGCACCGCGGGCAGGACCUGAUCUUCAAGUUUGCAUAUCCAAAAAGCCAACAUGUUGCACCAGGAAGAUGGAGGAGAGAUAUCAAGUAGCGGCUCGCCAGGAUCUGCAGCAGGCGCUUCAGACAUCCAGUGCUACAUUAAAGCUGCUCAUAUCUCGAAAUGCAGCCACUUUUCAAGAAACCCUCGAAACUCUCAUCAGACAAGCAGAAAACUACACCAGCAUACUUUUCUGCAACACCUACAGGAACAUGGCCUUAGAAGCUGCUUCUUCCGUUCAGGAGUUCUUCACAGAUGUGGGACUUUAUUUAUUUGGGGCAGAUGUCAAUCCUGAAGAAUUCGUGAACAGAUUUUUUAACAGUCUUUUUCCUCUGGUCUAUAACCAUCUCAUUAGUCCUGGUGUGACUGACGGUUCCCUGGAAUAUGCACAAUGUAUCCGCAUGGCUCAGCAGGAUAUCCGUCCAUUUGGCAAUAUUCCCAAAAGAGUGAUGGCGCAAAUGGGGAGGUCGCUGCUGCCCAGCCGCACGUUUCUGCAGGCCCUCAAUCUGGCCAUUGAAGUCAUCAACACCACAGACCAUCUGCGCUUCUCCAAAGAGUGCAGCAGAGCCUUCCUGAAGAUGCAGUACUGCCCGCACUGCCAGGGCCUGACUCCCAGUAAGCCGUGCAUGGGAUACUGCCUUAACGUCGCCAGGGGCUGCCUGGCACACAUGGCCGAGCUUAACCCACACUGGCAUACGUACAUCCGGGCCUUGGAAGAGCUGUCGAAUGCGAUGCACGGCACUUUCGAUGUGGAACAUGUGCUCCUGAACUUCCACUUGCUGGUCAGUGACGCUGUGCUGCAGGCUCACAUCAAUGCACACAAGUUACUGGAACAGGUGAAUAAGAUUUGUGGCCGUCCAGUGAGAACACCCACACAAAGCCCUCCUUGUUCUUUUGAUCCAAAUAAAGAGACACACGGAAUGAAGAUCCCUGUAAGGAAUGGUGAAGAGACGCUUGCCAACAGAAGAAAAGAUUUCAUCAACAGCCUCCGACACUACCGGUCAUUCUACGGUGGCCUGGCCGAUCAGCUUUGCGUUAGUGAACUGGCUGCUGCCUCUGGGCUGCCCUGCUGGAAUGGCGAGGACCUGGUACAAAGCUAUACUCAGCGUGUGGUUGGAAGUGGAAUCAAAGCCCAGGCUGGAAAUCCUGAAGUCAGAGUCAGAGGAUCUGAUCCAGUAAUAAAUCAGAUAAUUGACAAAUUAAAGCAUGUAAUACAGUUGUUGCAGGGGAGAUCGCCCAAGCCGGACAGGUGGGAGCUUCCGGCGCUGGGCAGCGGAGGCGGCGGGGCGGAGCAGGUCAGCGGGGACUGCGACGACGAGGACGGGUGUGAGGGGUCCGGCAGCGGAGAGGUCCGGAGGACGGUGAAGGUCACGCGCUACACCCUAGGGAUGCUGCAGAGUGAUGCUCACGAUGGGCACAGAGAAUGUCGAAGCGGGUGCUCAGUCAGGCUCAGCGCACCUCGGACCGGCAUGGCCGCUGCUGCAGAGCAGAUGGCUUUGCAGUUAUUCCAGUCUAGGGAUUCAAAUUGGCAGAAGUCAAACAAAAAUCCUGAAAAGCAUGUCAGCACUUGUGGAAAUGAGUCUUCUUUACUGGAAAGUCAUUCAUGGCGUUCCACAGUUGACACAUGUAUUGACUCUUACACUUUGACUAUACCUGACCAUGUGAUUCAAGAGCCUUUGGACCUGGAUUGUGGGAAGAGUUUGGAAAGGUUCAAAGUUGCCAACUACAGUGGCAGUUCUGAAAAACUUUACACAGAUUCUGGUCAGAGUCAAAAAUAUCAGAAUGCUGACAUAAAUGAUAUUGGCAAAGGCCAGUCUCAGGAUGUUUCUGCUAGAAAGAAGUACUGUUGUUGA